AGAUACAAUCAUGAAGAUAAGUCAAGUUUGUCAAAUAUGCAAUGAUAAUUUGAAAUUGGUUGCUAUAUGGACUGUUGGAGUUUUUCCUGUUGAGAGUGAUAAUCAUGAGUUAGAUUUUUCUUUGUUUAUUCCAAUAGAUGAUGAAGAGAAAGAUCCUAAUUCUUAA